GCCACCACAAACGGGGUGAGUAUGAAGUAAUAGGGAAAAAUAUAAGAGGACCAAGUCUGCUUUAAAGUAAUAUAUAUAACUCACACACACACGUCCUAUAUAACCCUUUGGUACACACUAUCAUGUUCAACAGCAACAAAGAACCAAGAACACAAUGGCACGAGUGCAUCUCUUUGCCGCCGAAAGUAGCAAUCGACGACGAUCGCAUCAAGAUCCAGAGUUGGCACGACUUGUCAAACAGUCGUCACCACCACCACCAGUACCUACGAUAGUACCGCCAGCUGUAGAAGAGACCAAUGUUGCGUUGGACAUUACGGCAUCGCCAACACCCACAACACCCCACAAAGAAAUAGCUUCACCAUUGACAACAACAGCAACUACAGCAGCAGAAACGUCAGAUUCUAAUAGUGAGUCAGUGUCUGCCACAACAACUGCGGCCGACACACUGGCUACUUUGACAGCCAUUUUACAAAACGUGCAACAAGCUGCCGCUGAAGCAAGUCAGAAUAAUGGGGAUUUGAACGACGUUGUUAAUGUGGUUGCAGCUCAUUUGACCUCCAAGCCAGAUUCUCUCGAGGGUUUAAAGGAGAAAACAUAUGAGCAGCAACAGCAAUUAUUACAAAGUCUCUUGUCGACUACUGUUGCUACAACCUCCUCCUCUUCAUCAUCACCGACGACGACGACGACACACACGGUUACGUCCUCUACAUCUGAAGAAAACAAUGAACAUCAUCAUCCGCAAGAGAGGAAAAAAUCAACGGAAUGGAUUGAUCAAGCAACGGCAGCAACAGCUCUUCAAAUGUUGGGAUUGUCCCAUCAAGAAGAAGGGGAUAGUCAGGACAAGGAGAUAUUGUCGUCAGACAACCAUGAGGACAUUAAGCAUCCGACAGACGAUAGCUUAAAGGAGGAACAUCAUCAUCAUCAUCAUCAGCAGCACAUGAAUGACAGCAAUGUCAUGCUUAUUGCCAACUAUCCCGGUCUGUCGCAAGCAGCUGUUGACGCACUUGAGUUACAGCAUCAGAGUAGCGAUGAUCAGGACUACAAACGUGGCAGCUGGACUCAAGGAGAAGAUGAUCUACUCAUCACGGGGAUUAAGCGCUUUGGGUAUGGUCGAUGGAAGGAGAUUGCGAGCAUGAUCCCGGGUCGCAAAGGGAAACAGCUGAAGCAGCGAUGGGACAAUUCAUUGUCGAGCAAAUACGUGGAUACGGAAUGGCUGCAAAACAAGAUAAGGGAGCAGAAAGAAGACGGCGAGUGGCAGCAUGAUAUUGACGUGGAAGGCUCAGCGCCUCCAUCGCCAAGUCUACAUAGUAACAAUAACACCCUUCAUCAUCACCAUCUUCAUCACCAAGACGAUCUUCACCACCACCACCACCAUCAUCAUCAUCAUCAACAACAGCACCACCACGACGACGACAACAACAACAACAACAACCAGCAUGAUAGUAUCGGCAACAGCGCAUUUGAUUUUGUGCAAAAAAUCACCGAGAAAGCAAAAGAAGGCAAUCAUGAAGCCAUCGAGGCCUUAAUCUCACAAGCGCUCCUAGGCACCAUCAAUUCUGCAGCGGCAGCAGUAGCGUCCACUUCCUCCGACACCCUCGCCUCCCCAUCCUCUUCUUCAGCAACUGACACUAAUAAUAACAAUAAUACCGUCGACUCACAACCCGCACUUAACUUUGCAGAUGCCGCGGCAUUGGCCUUGUAUGCACAGCAGCAAUACAACAGCAACACAACGACCGCCCGUCGUGAAGACGAUGAAAACAACAACAACAACACUACCGACUCACCUUCCUCUAACUCGUCCCCAUCCAACACAUCCCUCUCCAUUCUUGCCAACCAUCCCUAUUUCCUCUCCAAUCCAUUUGCACAGGCCGGCGGUAGCAACGACAAUGCAGCAGCGGUAGCAGCUGCCGUGGCUGCCAUGGCGACCAGCCAACAUUUCCAGAUACCAUCCACCACAACAAGCAGUCCUAGUACUACUACUACACCCUCGAACGAACACCCCGCAUUAUCAUCCUCCUCCACCAACGACAACAGCAACACACGGACAGCAACAGUAGCAGGGCCGAAACCAGCACCGCGUGCUACGCCAGGUCACAAACGUCGACGGUCCGAUCCUGCGCUUGCAGACACGCAGUCGGCGGCCAUGUCCAUCUAUGCCUCAGCUGCACCCAUCACGACCACGAUCAACGACCAAACACAAACCGUGUAUCCAUGUCUGUUUCCGAACUGUGGCAAAACAUUUGCUCGUCUCUACAAUCUCAAAAGCCAUUCACGAACACACACCGAUGAUCGUCCGUUCAUAUGUUCUGCGUGUCAGACUGCAUUCAGUCGGAACCAUGAUUUGAAACGACAUGCCAAGAUACACGGAGGUGACAAACCGCACAAAUGCUUGGGCUGCAACAAAACAUUUUCUAGGUAAAAAACAUCUUUUUUUUUUCUUGCUUUUGGCAAAGCGUCGUGUUGUUGUUGUUGUCCUCCCCUAAUUCUUGAAACUUUGUGGUUUUUUUUUAUAGAUUGGAUGCUCUCAAACGGCACAAGAGUAAUCAACGAAACAAAGCAACAUGUCUGGCACCAUAAAGACUACUUUUUUAAUAGCCCACAUUCAUCCCACCCACUACCCGAAAAAAAAGAAAAAGAAAAUAAUCUUAUAAGCAUUCUGCAUACAUCUUUCUAUAGCACACACUUUUAUUCAAUACUUUCUCUCUCUCUCUCUCUCUCUUUUGUUCAUUAAAAACAUUGCAUUCUGACUUAAAAGAA